ACCUUCCAUCUCAAAUUAUCUAAACAAAAUGCCUAACCCCCAGGUCUUCUUCGACGUUUCUGCUAACGGUCAACCUCUUGGUCGUAUUGAAUUUGAACUUUUCGCUGAUGUAGUUCCCAAGACUGCUGAAAACUUCCGUGCUCUUUGUACUGGUGAAAAAGGCUUUGGUUACAAGGACUCUAUCUUCCAUCGUGUCAUCCCUCAAUUCAUGUUGCAAGGUGGUGACUUUACCAACUUUAACGGUACUGGUGGUAAAUCCAUCUAUGGUAACAAGUUUGCUGAUGAAAACUUCGCUUUGAAACAUGAUCGUCCUGGUCUCUUGUCCAUGGCCAAUGCUGGUCCCAAUACCAAUGGCUCUCAAUUCUUUGUCACCACUGUUAUCACUUCUUGGUUGGAUGGCAAGCACGUUGUCUUUGGUCAAGUCACUAAAGGUAUGGAUAUCGUCAAGAAGAUCGAAAGUCUUGGUUCUCAAUCUGGCAGAACUCAAGCUGAAAUCAAGAUCACCAACUCUGGUCAAUUGUAAACAAUCAUUAGUUUAUGUAUAAAGUUUUGAAUUAGUUCAUAGUUAGUAUGAUCAAAUAAAUAAAAACUAUCGUAUUAUGUUUUGUAU